AUGCGAUCACGAAUGCCGCACACAUCGAGCACUCCUGAACUUGAGCCCAGUAAGAUCCUCGCAAAGGCAUCCACAUUCCUCAUGGUUCCGAAAGCGACACCUUCUUUCCCCAAACGCGUAUCACUUUCCGAAGACUUCCCAAAGUCGAACCUGUCGAAGACUGGGCCGUACGCGGACUUGACACAAUCAGGAACAGUGGUCAUCAUCAGCCAACCACCAGGACAGUCCUGCGCAGUCAUGGGUGGUAUAAUGGCACAGCGCAUGAAAGUUCUAGGCGCAGAAGGCAUCGUAGUAGAUGGUCGUGUACGAGAUCUGGUCGCUUUGGCAGAGACGGGUCUCCCUAUCUGGUCAAAGGGCACGUCGAUAAUCGGGGCAGGUGCGGAAACCACGUUUCACGCGCGCGAAGUGCCUGUGCGAGUGGGCGAGACGAUCAUCGAGCCUGGUGACAUAGUCAUGAUGGAUCCAUUCGAAAAUGGAGUUGUUGCAGUGCCACAGGGCAUGGUAGACGAGGUGCUGCAGCUACUUCCGAAGCUCGUGGGAGCCGACGAGAUGGUGAUCAGCGACGUGAAGAAGGGAAGGAGCGUCGAUGAAGCUUUCAAGGAGCAUAGAAAUGCGUGA